AUGCGAGUCGAUAUGGAUCCUGCCUCCAUUUUUGAGGAUGCACUUAAAGGUCUUGCAACUAAGGAUUUCGAUAACGGAAAUGCUAAACCAUGUGACAGUCUACAAACGUCAGUUAAUGGUUCUAGUGACUUUCUAAAACCUGAAUCUUACAUCACGUAUCCCGACAGUCCACAAUUACCUUCCAUACAAAAUACUCAGAAGGCUUCAGAAGAAGCUCCUAGUGCUUCUCAAAAUGACAUCAUCCUCAGUGCUCUCAUAAAUGCUGGGAUUGCUCCAUCCUCUUUAAAACCUCAAGAAGUUUACUCUAAUACUCCUUCAGUUUCAGUUACUGUGAAUCCAAACGUCAAAGUUCUCAAUGCUCAAGGUACUACCAUACUGAGGGUUGUUCCAUCAGGAAAUGGCAGCAAUUCACCAGUUCAGCAAGCAUAUCCUCCUCGAAUGGCUAGUCAGUUGUUAAAGAAGCCGUCUGAUAAUGGUCUUACAAUAUCUGGAACUACUCGCAUGCCAAAUAUCAUACGGAAAAGGCCUCCUUCACUUGUCGAAACUAGUCAGCCUUUUUCGAAAAUCAGACGUGUACUUAACCAUGGCCCAGUAGAUAAAGACGUUAGCCAUCAGAUCACAGCAUUUUCUGGUAUGGGUACUGUCCCAACUAGCUCAAGUAAAUGGUAUGAGGCUCCUAAUGUUUCACGACCAUCCUUGCCUCCUCACUGCGUUCGGGUACCUAGUCAUACUCAAAUGACUCCCAGAUCAUACCCGUUGAUAAAACGAGAUGAAGAUAUGGAUGAAGAUGAAGAUUUAGCUCAAGCUGAAACGUAUGCUGACUAUAUUCCGUCAAAACUGAAUUAUGGACAAAAGCAUCCAGAUCCUGUUGUCGAGUCGAGUUCCUUGUCCAGUGUCUCUCCUCCAGAUAUUCAUUAUCGCCUGAUUCUUCCGGAUGAAGUUAUCGAGCGGGCGUAUCUUUCAGCUUUGCAACUGGAAGCAGUGGUGUACGCCUGUCAACGUCAUGAGUGUAUCUUACCGAAUGGUCAACGUGCUGGGUUUUUAAUUGGCGACGGGGCAGGUGUGGGAAAAGGUCGCACCAUUGCCGGAAUAUUAUAUGAAAAUUAUUUACGACAUCGUAAGAAGGCCAUUUGGCUCUCAGUUUCAAAUGAUUUGAAGGUCGAUGCUGAACGCGAUCUGCGUGACGUGGGCUUGGGAAAGAUCAAGGUUCAUUCCUUAAACAAGUUUAAAUAUGCUCGUAUUUCUGGUAAAACUAAUGGACGUGUAAAAAAAGGUGUUAUUUUUUCUACUUAUUCUUCAUUGAUUGGUGAAAGUCAAGGCAGUGCAAAAGCAAAAUAUAAAACUCGAUUAAAACAACUUGUUCAUUGGUGUGGGAAAAAAUUCGAUGGUGUUAUUGUGUUUGACGAAUGUCAUCGAGCUAAAAAUUUAACUCCUAGUGGUUCUCAAAAACCUACAAAAACCGGUCUAACUGUACUUGAAUUACAAAACAAACUACCAAAUGCUCGGAUUGUUUAUGCUAGUGCAACAGGUGCCACUGAACCCCGUAACAUGGCUUAUAUGACGCGUCUGGGACUAUGGGGUGAUGGGACGCCAUUUAAAACAUUUAAUUCAUUCAUCCAAACACUUGAGCGACGGGGUGUUGGUGCUAUGGAAUUGGUUGCUAUGGACAUGAAACUACGUGGAAUGUAUAUUGCACGGCAGCUCAGUUUUCAUGGUGUGAAUUUCAGCAUUAAUGAAGUACUAAUAGAGAACGUCAAAUUAGGCCAUGAAAGCUUUAUUCAUGUAUAUAAUCAGUCAACUGACCUGUGGGUGUAUGCAUAUCGCUUCUUCUCAGAAGCGUCGCGUUUAUUAGAUCUAAGUGAUCGUUAUCGUAAAACUAUGUGGGGACAGUUUUGGUCUGCUCACCAACGAUUUUUCAAGUAUCUUUGCAUUGCUGCCAAAGUGGAAAAAUGUGUUGAAAUUGCUAAAACAGCUGUUGAUGAGGGUAAAUGUGUUGUCAUUGGUCUUCAGUCUACUGGUGAGGCUAAAACUCUAGAACAAGUUGAAGAAUAUGGUUUAGAUUUAGGUGAAUUCGUCUCCACUGCUAAGGGCGUGUUCCAGUGUCUGGUUGAAAAGUAUUUUCCAACACCAACAAAUGUUGAGAAUUUCUCUCUUCGAGGGGAUAAACUAGCAUCGGCGGGUGAUCGCAGCUCUAAUACAACUCUCAGUAGAGCAGGACGCGCAAUAGCUGCUGGUCAAGGAAGUGGUCUUGGUUUGAAAGAUAUUUUGGGUGAAAAAAUGCUUGCAAAGCUAGUUGCUGGUGGUAGUUUAUCUGGAUCGAAAUUAAGUGAUGAUUAUGAAAAUUCCAGUAAAGUUGACGGUGUAGGAUCUGAUUCUGAUGACGAUGAUGGUAAUGAACAUUCUGAUGAGUCAGAUGAUGAUGAUUCUGAUUUGAAUAAUGCUCAAAAAGCUAAUGGCUGUAACCCAUCAGAUGGAAAUUCAUCAUCUGAUUAUUACGAUUCAGACCUGGAAGUGAAUUCACCAAACAACAAUUCCAGUCGAAAUAGAUCAAAAAAGUCAGAUUCUUCUAAAAAGCAGUCUCAUUCUGGUAAACGUAAACAAAAGUAUAACCGAGCUGGUGGUUCACCGAAUUGCUUGUCAGAUGAUUCGGACGAAGAUUGGGAUCCGGACGCAUUAUUUGACAGCUUUCUAGCUCGCAACAUGACUCUGUCCAAUUCGACCACUAACAGUGAUAUAACCAAGCGAUUCGAUGACAGCAAGCACUUUGGAGAUGAAAUUUGGGGUGAUGAGUUGACUCGUAAAUUAUCACAACAGUAUCUUAUGGGUCGCGGUUCAGGUUCAGCUAAUCAGUCGCUGAUCGCUAACAAUGAACUGAAGGUCUCUCCCGAAGAAGCUAAACGGCAAUGUACUGAAAUGCAAAGUUUACUUUUGCGUUUCAUUGAAAAGCUUGGUCCAAAGUUACCUCCCAGCUCUCUUGAUGAGUUGAUUGACAAAUUGGGUGGACCCUCACGGGUUGCUGAGAUGACAGGUAGAAAGGGUCGUAUGGUGAUGGGGGAUGAUGGCCGCGUUUCUUAUGAAUCUCGUCGUGAAAGUGACGUCAAUUUAGAACUACUUAAUCUUACGGAAAAACAACGCUUCAUGAAUGGCGAGAAACUCAUUGCUAUUAUCUCUGAGGCAGCCAGUAGUGGUAUCUCUCUUCAGGCGGAUCGAAGGGCAUCUAAUCAACGCCGACGUGUUCAUAUUACAUUGGAACUUCCUUGGAGUGCAGAUCGCGCAGUUCAGCAGUUCGGUCGUACACACCGAUCCAACCAGGUUAGCGCUCCAAAAUAUAUCUUCCUGAUUUCCAAUUUGGCUGGUGAGCAGCGUUUCGCUUCUACAGUUGCUAAACGUUUAGAGUCUCUUGGUGCUCUGACACAUGGUGAUAGACGAGCUACAGAAACUCGUGAUUUGUCGCAGUUCAAUCUGGAUACUAAACUCGGACGAGAAGCUUUAGAGUUAGUAUUACGUGCUUGUAUUUGGGGCGAUGAGGGCAUAGUUGAUCCUCCAAACGACUAUAUAACUGACACGCCUUUUGACGUCACUGUCGAUCGGGACAAUUUAAAUGCUCAGUCUUUCUUUAAUGAUGUUAAAGCAAGUUUACAGGGUGUAGGUUUGGCUACUGGUCGAUGUCGUGAAAAGGACAGUAAUCAAAUGUCUAAAUUUUUGAACCGCAUUUUAGGUAUACGUGUUCAUAUUCAAAAUGCACUCUUUCAAUACUUUUCGGACACAUUAGAAGAAGUUACCAGACGUGCUAAACGUGAUAAUCGUCUGGAUCUCGGAAUUUUGGAUCUUGGUACUUCUGGUCAGAAUUUGGAAAUAACAUGGACCAAAAGUUUUGAUACAUGGUUUUUAUCAGAAUCUACUCAAGUUCAUUUACACAAAGUAACUGCUGAACGCGGAUUACCAUGGUCGGGUGCUAUGGAAAUAUACACUCAGCAUGAUGGUGUAAAUGA